UGCUUCCUGACCACUCCCCUGGGCUGGUCAUUUCUGAACUUUUAUAAACAGCCAUUCUGCCCCUGUAAGACUCAGCCUGGAGCCUGGACACAGAGUUGUGUCACCCUUCAUUGUUUUGAAGGAACGCUGGUACAUAAGAGGAGAGAAGGAACCCCAAAGAGCUGGAAAGAUAGUCCCCAGCUGUUCUCAUGAUGUUUCCAGCCCUGGGUGCCGCCAUCAUCCUGGCCACCUGCGUGUCCUGUGCCACAGUGGAGCUGGAUGGGGAGGAGUCCAACUUGAAGAGGGCAGAGCAGAUCAGUGACAUCCAGGAAAAAGUCAGUGACCUCUGGCAUAAGCUCAUCUAUCCGAAACCGGUCACCUCGGGCAGUGACGGGCAAACCGUCUAUGCUGCCUGCCAUGUAAAGCCUUCUUCUACUUUGGAGGCCAAUAAAUCCCACGUGACAGGGCAAGUACUAUUUAAACAGCUCUACCCAGAUGGGAAGAUGGAUGUCUUCUUUGAUCUGGAAGGGUUUCCGACAGAUACCAGGAAUGUCUCUGGCAAGGCUAUUCAUAUCCACAAGUUUGGAGACCUCAGCAAUGGCUGUGAUGGAACCUCUGGCCACUACAACCCCCAUGAGGUAGCCCACCCCCACCACCCGGGAGACUUCGGGAACUUCCCCGUGAAGGACGGCAAGAUCAGAAAGUUUCGAUCUGACGUUUCAGCUUCCCUCUUCGGGCCCUACUCUGUCCUGGGCAGGGCCAUUGUAGUUCACGAGCAAGAGGAUGACCUUGGCAAAGGCGGAAACAAGGGCAGCCUGGAGCAUGGCAAUGCUGGGAAGCGCCUGGCCUGCUGUGUCAUUGGCAUCUGUGGGCCAGAGCUCUGGGACAAGAAAGCCUCGGACAAUGCCGCACGGAAAAAAAGGAGGCGAGAGAGUGAGUGUAAGACUGUGUGAAGCAAGGAUUUCUGCAGGCCCUUCCUCCACAGCCUGGUCAAGUUAAUGGUGUCUGCCAAACAUUCCCAGCUGCUUAGAAUUUUGACUUGAUGCUUGGUCUUUAGCAGUGCUUGUAAGAGCUGCUUUGCUCUGGGGGAAAUCCCACUUUGGGUGUGUCUUGCAAUAAAGGAGCUUCAAAA